GGCUGCAGAAACUUGCUAGGCAGAAUUAGUCAACGUUUACUCCACAGAAAAUGUGCGUCUAAAUGAAGCUGAGAUGGAGUCUUUUGCGAAUUGGAUGCUGAUCCAAGGGGAUACACAUACAACAAACUCAAGAAAGACUGUAUUGUUUGUUUCUCUUGUUAGCUAGCUUUAAAUGAUCAAGUAGCUAGCCAGGCUAGCUAUCCGGUAGGCUAUCUGUUUUUCCAUCUAGAAUCUGUAGCUAGCUGGAUAUUAAUAGUUUGUGCAGCUCAGCCAUCUAAGCCACCUUGCAGGACGUUUAAAAGCUUUGUCAGUCAGGGUUUUACUAUAUUAAAUGAAACGGCUAAAGCAGGUUGUGGUCAUCCAAGUCGCUAACCUUACAUCAUUUAGCCAGCUAAGCUAGCUUCUUGUUCAGUUGUUAAUGAAUUGUCUUUGCUUGGUUUAACUUUAGCGAAAUGAGCCUAGACGCUUGAGUUGGAAGAUUUUCAGAGGCAGCUGUGGGGCAGUAGUAAAAUUUACUACUUUGUUAGCCUAUCUAGCUAGGAAGGAAGUUUUUAGAAGAAAGGCUAGCUAACUAACCCAGUGGUUGGGUUGCGAACUUGUCUUUCGUUGAAGAUUUAAAUGAAGAAUGUUAAGUGUAAGGUGAGAGGUAUGUACGAUUUCAGGGGUUUUGUCAUCGUGCUGGCAACUGCAUUCUUUAGUGGCCUUUUGUGUGGGGUUGUUGGUCAAGAUGGUCAGACCAUGUCUGCCGAGGAAAAGUCCAAAACCAGGGAUCAAGUUCUGGAAAUGUUUGAUCAUGCCUAUGGCAGUUACAUGAAAUAUGCAUAUCCAGCAGAUGAACUAAUGCCCUUGAGCUGUAGAGGGAGAGUUCGAGGGCUGGAGCCCAGUCGUGGAGACAUUGACGACUCUCUGGGAAAGUUCUCUCUGACCUUGAUUGACACUUUAGACACACUAGUGCUGCUCAACAGGCUGGAGGAGUUUGAGGAGGCAGUGAAAAAAACACUUAAAGAUGUCAGACUGGACAAUGAUGUGGUGGUGUCUGUCUUUGAGACUAACAUUCGUGUGCUGGGUGGCCUGUUGGGAGCUCAUGUGAUGGCUGACCUGCUAAAGCAGCGGGGGGAGAAGAUGCAUUGGUACAGAGACGAGUUGCUCCACAUGGCCAAAGACCUGGGCUACCGCCUUCUGCCUGCCUUCAACACCACCAGUGGCCUUCCUUAUCCAAGGGUGAACUUGCGCUAUGGGGUCCUGAACCCUCUCUCGCGCACAGGUACUGAGACGGACACCUGCACGGCCUGUGCUGGCACCAUGAUCCUGGAGUUUGCCGCGCUCAGCCGUCUCUCUGGGGACUCUGUGUUUGAGACUUAUGCUCGGAAAGCCCUGGACGUCCUCUGGGAGAAGAGACAGCGAGAUAGUGACCUCAUGGGCACAGUCAUCAACAUCCAUAAUGGAGCCUGGGUGCGCAGGGAUAGUGGUGUUGGUGCAGGAAUAGACUCUUACUAUGAAUACUUGAUGAAGGCUUACAUUCUGCUCGGAGACAACAUGUACCUCGAGAGAUUCAAUACUCACUACAGUGCCAUUAUGAAGUACAUCAGCCAGCCCCCUCUGCUCCUGAGCGUGCACAUGCACAACCCCACGGUCAAUGUGCGUGGCUGGAUGGACUCGCUGCUGGCCUUCUUCCCCGGCCUCCAGGUUCUCAGAGGAGAUCUGAAGCCAGCCAUAGAGACCCAUGAAAUGCUGUAUCAGGUCACCAAGCAGCACAAGUUUCUUCCGGAGGCAUUUACCAGUGAGUUCAGAGUUCACUGGGGUCAACACCCACUGCGUCCAGAAUUUGCUGAGAGCACAUACUUUCUUUACAAGGCUACAGGUGACCCGUACUACCUGAAAGUGGGCCAGUCUAUUGUGGAGAAGCUGAAUGCCCACACGCGUGUCCCCUGUGGCUUUGCGGCAGUGCAGGACGUGAGGACUGGGAUACAUGAAGACAGAAUGGACUCCUUCUUCCUGGCUGAGAUGUUUAAGUACCUCUACCUGCUGUUCUCUGAGAAGAGUCACUUGCCUUUCGACAUUGAUGACUACAUCUUCACCACUGAGGCCCACUUGCUCCCAGUGUCUCUGUCUAUGGCAGAGCCCUCCUGCGAGGUCAACGGCACGGACCCUUCCCUCACCCGGAAGGAGGACCUGUUUACCUAUUCCUGCCCCAGUACACAGACCCUUUUCCCCAACAACCCGACCUAUGCCAAGACUAUCCGAGACAACUACAAAUACCUCACAGGGGUGGGCCGAGAUUCCCACUCCUCGCCUGCUAGGAGGAUUGAACUGCCCCUUCAUGACACUGGGAUGGAGCCCAUGGAGUUUCUCAAGAGUAUGGGCAUCUCUUUCACCCCCCUCACAGAUAUGGCUGCAGCCAGCAUUGGCUCCAGGAGCCAGGACUCUCAGAAAGGUGUGUUUCGAGUGAAGCUGGUCGCAGAGGUCAGCCAGUUACCUGAGGAGGAGGUGGUGCCUCUCAUCGUGCAGCUCAUCUCUCCCCCAUUUUUGGGUAGGACGGUCCUAACCGCUGGCCCAGCCAAAUUUGGAAUGGACCUCACAAAGCAGGAGCAUGGGGUGAAGGGGAGUAUAGUGAAAAGUGUUCCCUACACAGCGUGUGCUCACAUAGAGAACGCCUUGGAGCUGCAGGGACACAUUGUCUUGGCCCUGAGAGGCGGCUGCAUGUUUGCUGCUAAAGCCCGACGUCUACAGGAGGCCGGGGCCAUUGGAGUUAUUUUCAUUGACCAGCGAGAAGGGAGCAGCAGUGCGGAGACGCCUCUCUUCCAGAUGGUUGGAGACGGCGAGCCCACACAGGACAUCACAGUCCCGCUGGUUUUCCUCUUCAGCAGGGAGGGGGCCAUUCUAACCGCUGCCCUGCAGGAGCACUGCAACGUGGAUGUCCUGCUGCUGCCAAAAGAGAGGCAGCUCGGGAGGGACAAACCUGAGAAGCUGAACAUCAAGUUCCGACUGGCCCAGGAGGGUGAGCUGGACGAGAGUGAAGGAGAUGGUGCCACCAUCCGGCUGGUGCUGCAGGGCGAGGUGGCCGCUGAGGCAGAAGGUGAAAGGGCAGGCGUCACAGCCCCGUCCCACUGUACCGCAACAUCUACAGGGGGCGAUCCGCAACCCUUCAGCCAAGAGCAGAAAGCCCCAGAGGACAGCCCUUGACACCUGGGUCAGGGUGGUAUCUCCUCCCCUUCACAGACGCCAGGGCUGCUGCUGGCCUCUGCCUGCCCCAGGAUCAUGGAAUACAGGCAGAAUACGGCAAGCAAGGCCCUCACCUCCUCCAGAGUGAACAGAGCCAGCUCAACUUGUACCAAGUCCCACACGGGUGGUUGAGCAUUUUCUCCCCUCUUAAGGCCGGAGUUGAUUUAUGUGGUUUGUAGUUACUGGGACUGCAUAUUGAUGAUGUAUACAGUGAGUGGGGAAAGCUGGAGUCUUACCUCCUACUGUUGGGCAAUAGCCCACGUGUGCUUGCCUGGUGGCUAGCAAGGGAAAAAUCCUGUAUAGCCCAGUGGUUGAGCAACCUGCUACAGUAGGGGACACUCAGGCCACAACACUGCGUGUGUGCGUGCGUGCGUGUGUGUGUUCAUGUGAGUAUGUUAUAAAACCUGUCAGUAAUGAAUUCCUGUCUGUUGUCAGAAGCAAGCACAGGCGAGAUUCUGUGAUUAACAGCAUUACGUUUGCUUGGGGAUUUUUUUUUUUUCCCAGUUGUUUCCUUAUUUUAUCAAAGUGGCUUGAAGUCUCUGGAUUGUCAUGAGACGUGUUAACCCAUGACCAAACCUGAACAAGCAGUAUUAAACACACGGAAUAUAAUGGAUAUACAAGGACGAAUGGGCCUGUGUGACUAACACUGAAGUUCAUCCACAUUUUUUUAUACUGAAACAUCAGGGAAAUUAAAGUGCUAAGGUGUGUGUGUGUGUGUGUGUGUGUGUGUGUAAAGUCACGAUUUUAACACCAAGGACUGCCCUCUGCCAGCGCUUGGUGGGGACUGUUUGUGUGCAUCAUUCAUAUCCAGUACCUUCAGAAGUCCUUGUACAGAAUAAAUGGUUAAAGAACCAGCUAACUGUUGAAGUGAAGCUUCAGGUUUUGAUUUGUCAUUUUUCCAGAAUCUGCGAUUUCCUGUUCCACUCUUGUUGUUUAAUUUUUUUAUUUACAUUAACCCCUCUAUAAAUAUUCACACUUCUCAGGUGUGGUGUGGAUGGGACUUGUCUGAUGGAAGGUCUGCAGGUGCCAUUAGUCCUGUUGCCAUGCCAACCAGCCCCUUGCGUACCUCUUGCACUUUGGCACAGAGACACUUUUUCCACCCCAUAGACCAGCACAGUAGUGGGUGUGCAUACGUAUUUGCCUGUUUGUUUCAUAUAUGCAGCCUUUGUGUGGACUUCGUGGUACUGUAAGAUGACAUGAUGGCUGACCUUAAUGCUUAGUGAAAAUCUCAAAAGAGAGAUUCAUGUUCUUCAGCUUCAUAUUUCACAGUCCUAAAUCGCUCAUUCCACAAAAGCUUGAAUUGUAGGUAUUGGGUAACACCUAUGGAGACCAUUUUCACUCAAUAGUCUUUGUUUCCCACCCUUUCCUGACUACCUGAGAAUACAUCACUAGUCUCAUUCAGUGUGUAAUUUAGAACAAUGCCGCACUCCCACGUGCCCUUGGUACACCGUGAUUUCAUGUUUUAGAAAAAUAAUUGGGUCCACUUUGCAGUGUGUUUUUUGUGAUCAUGAACUGUGUGUGUGGUCUAAAGAGCAACUUUAAAGAUAUCAUGAUGCAAAGUUUGUUUUUCUGGCACUUUGACAUUUAGGAUCAACAGUGGAGAGAGUCACAUCUUUACCUGUUAUUUAGUAGUCAAAGUGAGAAAUGGCUGGCUGACUGACUUUUGUUUUAUUCCUAUUCUCAAUGUACCUCUGUACCUCUUCUUUCAAAAAAAGGGCUUGCUAGUGACCAUUUUACUACCCACAACGGAAACAUGACUGAUUCCAUGGCCUUUGUUAUUAUAUUUUAUAUAUUUGUGAGACAGUAUUUGCCAUUUGAGGAUGUUGGGUGUCAAAAGUCAGAUAAAACCUUGAAGUGCAAUGUGGUGUUCUAGACCUGUAGCCAUAUGAAACUCACAUGUGUGGUGUCAUUCCUGAUGAGUGCACUUUGUUCUGUUAUUGUCACCAAUAAACUAAGUUCUGACCACA